AUGGAUAAUGAUAGUUAUGUGGGUAAAGAUAUUAAUAUAUCAUUGGAAGAUGAAGAUAAAAAAUAUGAAGGAAACAUAACUGGCCAAGAAAAAAUAGAAGCGAUUCAUUCUAAAAUUUUGGAUGAAAUGAUACCAAAAGUUGGAAUAGAAUUUAAAAGUGAAGAUGAAGCUUAUAACUUUUAUAAUGCUUAUGCUUACAAGGUUGGUUUUGGCAUGCGAAGGAGUAAGGGACAUAAAGAUCAAAGUGGAAAGAUGACAAAUAGAACUUUUUAUCAUUGUUGUGAAGGCUUUCGAGAAAAGGAUAAACGAAAUAUUAAUGUUAAAUCUCAUCGUGCUGAAACAAGAUUUGGUUGGUUAGCUAGAAUGAAAAUAAAUUUGAAUCAGACUGGUAAAUAUCAUAUUACCGAUUUCAUUGCCCAACAUACACAUGUGACAUCAACUCCCAGUAAAAGUCAUUUGCAUAGGUCUCAGAGGAAGUUAACUUUUGUCCAAGCAGCUGAAAUAGAUAUAGAUAAUAGUUCAGGAAUUGCUCCUAAAGCAAGUUUGGAGUUAAUGGCUAAGCGAGUAGGUGGGUAUGAAAAUCUUGGAUUUAUUCAUGAUGAUUACAAGAAUUACGUGAAAACGAAAAGAACAAUUCAAAUGAAGGUAGAUGCAAAAAUGAUGAUUGAGUACUCUCAUUUUGGUGAUGCAGUUAGCUUUGAUACAACUUAUAGGAAAGAUCAAAGUGGUCGAUCUUUGGCUAUGUUUCUAGGGGUGAACCACCAUAAGCAAACUACUAUAUUUGGAAUUGCAUUAUUAUAUGAUGAAAGUGCUGAAAUAUUUAUCUGGUUGUUUGAUACUUUUGUAAAAGGAAUGUUAGGUAAAAAACCAAAAAUUAUUCUUACUGACCAAGAUCCAGCAAUGGCAAAAGCAUUAACUUCUCAAUGGCCAGAAACAUGUAAUCAGUUAUGUAUAUGGCACUUGUAUCAAAAUGCAGCAAAACAUCUUAGUGGAGCUUUUGCCAAAUUUCGAGAGUUUGCCAAAGAUUUUAGCAGCUGUAUAUAUGAUUAUGAAGAUAAACAAGAAUUUUUUCUAGCUUGGAAUGCAAUGCUUGAGAAAUAUGAUCUUAAAGAUAAUGAUUGGCUUAUUACGAAUAGGUUAAUUGAAGAUCGUCGUUAUGAAGAACUAAAGGUUGAUUUCAAAGCGACUCAAAGUACUCCAUCGUUAUCAUUUCCAGUUGAAAUUCUAAAAGAUGCAGUAAGUAUUUACACCCAAACAGUAUUUAAGGUGUUCCAAGAUGAGUUAUGUAAGGCUUAUGAUUGUGCUAUGCAAAUAUUUGAUCAUAUUGGGACAGUGACGGAGUACAAACUUACCAAUCAUAAAAAACAAUUUCAGCAGAUUGUUAGAUAUGAUUUUUCUGAUAACACAGUGAUUUGUAGUUGUAGAAAGUUUAAGUUUACAGGAAUUUUGUGCUCCCAUGUUCUUAAAGUUCUUUCUUCAAAGGAUAUAAAGAAAAUUCCUAUACAAUAUAUAAUGAAACAAUGGACAAAAUCUGCAAAGUUGGGAAAUUCUAAAUUUGCAUUUGCAAAUACAAUAAAUGAAGACCCUAAAGUAAGUUUGGCAAGAUGUUAUAAGGACCUGUGUAGAUUGCAAACUCAAGUGGCAACGAAGGCAGCAGAAACAGAAGAAAUAUAUAAAAUUGCAAGAACUGCUCUUGCUAAGAUUUUAGAAUAUGUGGAUGCAUAUUUAAAAGACAAUAAUAUUGGAAAAUCCAUUUCUAAAUCACAGAGAGUACAAGCGUACCAAGUGCUAGUGAGAAGAUUAAAGGAAUUAAAAAUAAAGAAAGAGUAUGUAGAAAAUCUACAAGGCCAAAAAAUGCUCUUGAAAGGGUGCGAAAGAAGAAAAAUGUUGCACUUGGAGAACCACCUCAGCAACAGUCACAUGCUAGUGAAAUAG